AUGUCGAAGUCUUGCGCGUACGCCGUGAACAUUAUCCACGCCGUGUUGGGCCUGAUCCUCGCCUGCACCGGUCUAUGGCUCUUCAUCGAAGUGAACAGCAUCACCAGCCUGAGGAACAGCAACCACUACCUCCUCGACUACAACCUCUACUGGCCCCAAGUCAUCCCCUGGCUGUUCAUCUUGAUCGGAGUGCUUGUGAUUUUCGUUGCGUGCUGUGGUGUGUUCGGUGCUACGAAGAAAAGUAAAGGAUUGGUUUUCACCCACAUAGUUUGCAUAUCCAUGACAGUGCUCUUGACCCUGACGGUGGCAAUAGUAGCUUUAGUGUUCGCGAAUAGUAAAUCGACGGAGAAUUUCAUCAAAGACACAGUAUGGGAUGUAUUUUUCCAAACGAAGACGGACACGGAAGUGGCUGACGCGUUCGGAAGGAUAGAGAAAAGAAUGCAAUGUUGCGGCGCGGAGAGCCCCAGGGAUUACGUGAACUGGAAGGAUGACUUCCCGCAGUCCUGCUGCGAUACAUACUACCAUGGUUGGCUGGAACCUUACACUGUGGAUUGCGAAAUCACAAACAAAAGGGCUAACGAGAGGCACGGCUGCUCCAGUGUCGCGACGCAGUACAUCCGAAUUGCCGUUUUUGUCUUAUCAGGCGUGUCGAUAUUGACUUCAUUGUUAGGCUUGGCAGUCCUCGCGAGCGCAGUGAGUGUCUCUAAGGCUUUGAGGCCAAAACCAAGGAACGUGACGGCUAAAUACGAAUCGGAGAGCAAAAAGGUCUUGUUGUAA